AUGCCUGUCUGCACACACCGCGGCUGCGAAAAGACCUACGACGAGGCCUCCAACACCGACACCGCCUGCACCUUCCACCCCCAGGGCCCCAUCUUCCACGAAGGUCUCAAAGGCUGGUCAUGCUGCUCAAAGCGAGUCAUCUCCUUUGAUCAGUUCCUCGCCAUUCCCGGCUGCUCUAUCGGUCGCCACACCGACCUCCCCCGCGAAGAAUUUGCUCCCGCACCAUCAGACGAGAAGGUCGAGGUCACUGAGACAAAGCCAGCAUCCCCUGCACCUGUCGCCGUCCAGAACAACGGAACUGAGGUAUAUGGCUCCGCACCGUCAUCCAAGCCUGCUACACCCAAGCCCGCCGCUGCUCCUGCUGCCGCAGCGCCUGCCGAGCCCAUUAUCGAAGAGGAGGAUGAUUUGUCGGUGCCAGUGGCUAUUGGAAAGACUUGCUUGCGUCGUGGAUGUGGACAGACCUAUGUCUCGGAGGAGGAGUCUCGCGGUGCCAAGGUCUCAUGCCAGUACCACCCUGGUUCACCUGUCUUCCAUGAGGGAUCCAAGGGCUGGAGCUGCUGUCCUCGCAAGGUGCUCGAGUUUGACGAAUUCCUGAAGCUCAAAGGUUGCAGAAAUACCAACCAGCAUUUGUUCGUCGGCGCCAAGAAGGAUGUGAAAGUCGAGGAGUACCAGACCCAGACCCACAUCAACUUGUCGAUCUUUGCCAAGAAGGUUGAGGCCAAGUCAGCAGUUGUCGAGUUCAAGGAGCGCGAGGUCAACAUUGACUUGAGGAUGCCCGAUGGCAAGCGCUUCAAGUUGGUCCUUCCCCUCUUCCAGCCCAUUGAGCCCGCUGGCAGCUCAUUCGAGGUCUUAGGUACAAAGGUCGAGAUCACCAUGAAGAAGGGCAACGGAAUCUCAUGGGCGACUUUGGAGCCAAGCGAGGGUGCCAAGUGCUGGACCACCUUUGGAACAACUGGCGGUGCUGGAACUGUCGGCAGCAAGGUGAUGCACCUUGCUACUGACUCUCCUUUGUACGCCGAGAAGUAA